GGAUUGGCUGUUGCAGGGGUCAGAAGCCGGGAGCCCAGGGACAGCUGGCCGGCGGGGACUUGGCAGCUCCAGGCGCGCCAGAGCGAGGGAAUAAUACCGGUCAGAGGAGCGGGUUAAAGGAAUAUUUUUAAAAUGUCAGCUGUGAAGUAUAUGCCAUGAACUGCUUCUCCCAGGCAGACUAUGGAGCUUCUGCAUCCUAGCAAGCUGAGGUGGUCAAAUUACAAAUUGCUGAAGGCUUUACCUCGUUCCAGAUGUUCUGCUGGAUUAAGCAUCUGUUUAGAGUGAUAUUUAUGCAAGUUGGAUUAACUAUGGAAUCAUUGCUUUGGUCAAAUAAAUCUUAUGGCCCAAACAGAAGUAUUGUAAGAAAAAUUGGCUCCAACCUUUCUCUGAUACAAUGCCCAAGGGUUCAAUUUCAGCUUACUUCUCAGCCUGCAGAAGGCACUCAGUCUACUCAGCUAAAAGAAGAUGCAGUAGUCUCCCUUGUAGAUGUGGGAUGGGUUGCUGAAGAAGAAGAUGAAGGAGAUGAAGUCUUUACACGGUUCCGAUCAGAAGGCUGGCCAAAAUCCCAACCAUUCCUUAAAGGUGAAGGCUGCUCAGGGAGAGACUCAAGUACUGAAGAAUUGUUGCCCAAGAAAUCACAAGAAAAGGAAGACUUCAAACCUGCAGUAGCCACAAACGAUGAAGCGUUGCAGAAAAUAAAUGCAUUGGAAAAUGAACUUGCAAAUUUAAGAGCACAAAUAGCCAAAAUUGUAAGCCUACAAGAACAGAAUUUGGCAGCAGCUGGAAUAAGUUCUCCAGCAUCCCUUUCUGUCCCGCCGCCGCCACCGCCACCGCCACCCCUACCUCCACCGCCACCACACCAGCAAAGUAUAUCUGCCAUUGACCUUAUUAACGAGCGCAAAGGAAAAAGAAUAAAUUCUGGCAAGACUUUGAUAGAUAGUGAUCCAAAGAAGCCUGAAAUGCCAAAUAUGCUAGAUAUCCUCAAAGACAUGAACAAUGUAAAGUUGCGCUCAGUGAAAAGACCAGAUGAAAGCACAAUUAGGAAAACUGCUGACCCAACAGAUCCUGCUGCACUCAUAGCUGAAGCUCUUAAAAAGAAAUUUGCUUAUCGAUACCGUAGUGACAGUACAAGUGAAACUGAUAAACAGAUUUCAACUUCUGAAACAAAGCUGUUUGGGCCACACCUGCUGAAGCCUACAGGGAAAAUGAAGAACCUAAUUGAAAAUUGUUAAGCAGAAAAAUCAUGCUUCACUACAAAAGGACUGUCUCAACUUUUGAGAAUUAGUUUUAUAAUUUUAGAAUACUGAAUUAUGUGCCUUGCUUCCAUGAACAAGAGUUUAAAAGUGAAAAUUCUGUGAUCUAGCACAGGUUUUAGUAUUUGUGUACAUACAGUGUUGGGUUAACAUUAAGUUAUAAAUGUCACUCUUAAACUUGUGUGAAUGUAAUGAUAAUUUAAAUUAUAGCUCCGGUGUAAUAAUUGGAAUACUGUUAGGACAUAUUUAGCCUGUAUUGACAUCUCAUUUUGAACUUGAAGUACAGAUUUCACUGGAGCCACUUUACUUUUCUUCAUGUAUAGUGAAGGCAACAAAGGCUUAAGAAUUUUAUUACUCAGCAAAAGGUCAAAUUAGCAUUCAGUUGAGCAUCUUUUUUUUUUUUUGCUUUAAAACAAAUGCUGCAUUGGAAGUAUAUUUACAGGCAAGAAACUAGCCAAAGCUUGAAUCAUAUUUUUACAUAGGAUGAAACACUAAUUGUGACUUCCUUCUAGGAGUAAUAUGCAUAUAAUGAGCAUAUCGGCAGUUACCAGUGAAGUUUAACAUCUAAUUAGCUUUGUUGACCUCCCUAGCAGACCUUCAAAUGAAGACAAUUCCAGGGGUUAUUUUCUUUCAUGAGAUGUGUCUAUAUUUGUAAUUUGCAUUUGGAGUAGUACUGACAUUUACCUGCUUACUCACCAGUUCCUACUGAACUGAACUGCAGAUAAUAAACAACUGCCAAAUAAGUUGGAAAAUAAUUUGAUGUUGGAAAAAGACAAAUUGCCAACCCAAGUUUCCUGCUGGGUAAAAAUAUUUUACUUCUUGAA